CAGAAGGAAACAAACGUAUGUAGAAGGACUUGUUUUGCAGAGGCAACACGGAAAAGCAUAAAACAGGUAGGGUAAAUGUAUAGGCUAUAUCAAUUUAGAUAGUUUUAUCUGGUGAAAUUACGACUAGAGCUGAGUUCUAGCGUAAUGUCUACGAGUCAGGACGACACGGCCAUGAACGCACAGCAGCUCCUCAGCGAGGAUGAACAGAUCCUCAAGCGAGCACAAGCAGACUUGGAGCAAUGGAAGAUGAAAGUUGAGAAAGCAGAUCAAGAAAAAUCAAGACUAACGUUGGAAAAACUGGAUACAGAUGAGACUAAGAAAAAAGCCCAGAACUCUACAUCUGUGAUCAUGCAAGCCCAAGCACAGCUGGCUAUGGAUUCUGAUAACAAAAUAAAGGAGAUUGAGAUACAACUCCAAAAAAUUGAUCAAGAGAACAGAGAUCUGAGGAAUAAACUACAGAAGCUCGAUGAAGAAAGGAAAGCCAAAAAGGCAGAUACGGACAAUCUUCAGAGGAGGUUUAAGAUACGAGCUAAGAUCCCCGAGAAGCGUGUGAAGUUUUCUGGCGUGGAGAUAGAGCAGGACUCCCUCUCCUCCCCUGACACAGAGGGGGUCUUCACCAUCACUCAGAGACCCUUCACGCUCCUGAGUGGCGGGGAAGCGCUCAUCACCUUCGAGGAAGAGAAGGUGGCGCAGCAGAUCCUGCGUCUGGCGAAGUGCUCUGUGGCCCUCGACCAAACCAAGAUGGACAUCAAACCCUUAUGCUUGAAUCUGGAGCCUUCUGUGAAAUUUGAGGUGCACCUGAAUGUCUCGAAGAAGACUGUGCAGGUAUCUCAGGCUCCCCCUUUCCUACCCGAGGAGCGCAUGAGGGACAGACUGGAGAUCAGUUUCUCCCGGCCAAGUCGCGGAGGGGGCGAAGUGGAGAGGGUCUCGUACGACAAGAGAUCUGGGACUGCUGAGAUCACCUUCCUCAACACUGGAGUUGCUGAGAGGCUGGCUCUGAGAGGGAAGUACCCUGUGGAUACUGGCAGAGAAAUGAUAGUGGAUGUUGCUCCACUUUACAACUAUCGGCUGAAAAAGUUCCAGACCUACUGUGGCACUCCGAAGCGCUCCAUUCUUCUGAGCGGCAUCCAGGACUCCAUGGAGGAGGAAGAUCUGCAGGACCACCUGGAGAUUCACUUCCAGAAGCCCAGCAACUAUGGGGGAGAGAUAGAGAGCAUCAAAUACGUCUCCACAGGCAAUGAGGUGAAGGCCUUCUUCAGUGAAGACGUGGGUGUGGAGGCUUAAAUUCAACUGUGUCAAAUCUGCACAAGGCUGACAGGCAUAGACCAGAUAAUUAGAAGAAGAAUUUUCUCAUUUUUAAUCACUGCUGUUAUUCAAUAGGUUUCUUCAAGUUCAGUUUAAUUACUUAAAUUAUGCUGAUUUGUUAGUUCAUUAAACCAUACAUGGGGCAUGUCUGCAUUUUGCAUUCAGGAAGUGUGUGAAUGGUUCUUUUGGUUCUGUAGUACUGUUGUCAGUCAUGUUUGUAUUUGUACUAUAUUACACUUCAGCGUAGUUCUGUUUUUUUCUUGCUCAUCAGGGUAACCUAUAUUUUUCGGAAUUCUGACAUAUUAAGCAGUCGUUUGAUUUUAGCCAAAACCUUUGAAUUUGAAAUCAUAACCCAGUUCCCAGUGUAGUCUACAGUAUAUGGGUACAGAAAUCAUGGCAGUAAAACUGACAGAGCUGAUUCUAAAAAGGACAUUUUUAAGUGACUUUACAUGGACUUGCAUGUUGAUAUGAUAUAAUUAUGGUACUUCAUUAUGCUGCUGCAUGGGAUAUAUUGGUUUGUUUAUUGCUGUGUGAAUGCACUUGAUACAGGACACAAUGUAUGUGGAAAGUUAUAAACAUGUUGAAUGUAUAUUUCUCAGGAAAUAUCUCAUCAUAUGGAUUGUAAUAACUUGUAAUAAAUCCGCAUACUGUA